UUGCCAGCGGGAGGCGGUGGCUGCUCCUCUGCAGCUUUCGGAAGAUGGCGCCGCCGGUGACGGAAAGGGGGCUGAAGAGCGUCGUGUGGCAGAAAAUAAAAGCAACAGUGUUUGAUGACUGCAAGAAAGAAGACGAAUGGAAGAUAAUGCUGUUAGAUGAAUUUACCACCAAGCUUUUGGCAUCGUGUUGCAAAAUGUCAGAUCUUCUAGCAGAGGGUAUAACUGUUGUAGAGAAUAUUUAUAAGAAUCGAGAACCUGUGAGACAAAUGAAAGCUCUUUAUUUUAUCUCUCCAACAUCAAAGUCUGUAGACUGUUUUUUACGUGAUUUCCCAAGUAAAUCGGAGAACAAAUAUAAAGCAGCAUAUGUAUACUUCACUGACUUUUGUCCUGAUAGUCUCUUUAACAAAAUUAAGGCUUCUUGUUCCAAGUCAAUAAGAAGAUGUAAAGAAAUAAAUAUUUCCUUCAUUCCACUUGAAUCUCAGGUAUAUACUCUUGAUGUACCAGAUGCAUUCUAUUACUGUUACAGUCCAGACCCCAGUAAUGCAAAUGGAAAAGAUGCCGUAAUGGAAGCAAUGGCUGAGCAGAUAGUUACCUUAUGUGCUAGCCUUGAUGAAAAUCCCGGAGUAAGGUUUAAAAGUAAACCUCUAGAUAAUGCCAGUAAGCUUGCUCAACUUGUUGAAAAAAAACUUGAAAACUACUAUAAGACAGAUGAAAAGAGCCUAAUAAAGGGUAAAACUCAUUCCCAACUCAUAAUAAUCGAUCGUGGCUUUGAUCCUGUGUCCACUGUCCUGCAUGAACUGACGUUUCAAGCAAUGGCAUAUGAUCUGCUGCCAAUUGAGAAUGAUACAUACAAAUAUAAAACAGAUGGGAAAGAAAAGGAGGCAGUCCUUGAAGAAGAUGAUGACCUCUGGGUCAGAAUUCGACAUCGGCAUAUUGCGGUAGUAUUAGAGGAAAUUCCCAAGCUUAUGAAGGAAAUUUCGUCAACAAAAAAAGCAACAGAAGGAAAGAUAUCACUUAGUGCUCUUGCCCAACUGAUGAAAAAGAUGCCGCAUUUCCGAAAACAGAUUACUAAGCAAGUUGUUCAUCUUAACUUAGCAGAAGAUUGCAUGAAUAAAUUCAAGCCUAAUAUAGAAAAGCUUUGCAAAACUGAACAGGACCUGGCACUUGGAACUGAUGCAGAAGGACAGAAGGUGAAAGAUUCCAUGAGAGUGCUCCUUCCAGUUCUACUCAACAAAAAUCAUGAUAAUUAUGAUAAAAUACGAGCAAUCCUGCUCUAUAUCUUCAGUAAUAAUGGAACUACGGAAGAAAAUUUGGACAGGUUGAUCCAGAAUGUAAAGAUAGAAAAUGAGAGUGACAUGAUUCGUAACUGGAGUUAUCUUGGUGUCCCCAUUGUCCCCCCGUCUACACAAAGCAAACCAUUAAGAAAGGAUCGGUCUGCAGAAGAAACUUUUCAGCUCUCUCGAUGGACACCUUAUAUCAAAGAUAUUUUGGAGGAUGCCAUUGAUAAUAGACUAGAUUCAAAGGAAUGGCCAUAUUGUUCCCAGUGCCCAGCAGUGUGGAAUGGCUCUGGAGCUGUAAGUGCUCGCCAGAAACCCAGAGCUAAUUAUUUGGAGGACCGAAAAAAUGGGUCCAAGCUGAUUGUUUUUGUUAUUGGAGGAAUUACAUACUCUGAAAUGCGCUGUGCUUACGAAGUUUCUCAGGCACACAAAUCCUGUGGAGUUAUCAUUGGUUCUACACAUAUUUUAACACCCAAAAAGCUUUUGGAUGACAUAAAGAUGCUGAAUAAAUCCAAGGAUAAAGUCUCCAUUAUUAAGGAUGAAUAGUAUUUGGGGGGUGGGGUGGUUCUUAUUAAUACUUUCAACUAAACUAGAUCAAGACAGUGUUGCUGUUAUGCAAUUUAAACAAUGUAAAUAUUUUAUGGAAUAAUGACUUUUAAAAUAUAUUUCUUAAAGGAUUGCUUAUGAUUAUAUAUAAUUGGAUUUGCCACUUUAAUAAUUUAAAUGUCAUUGAUAUUCUGUUGAUGAUGAGAAGAAAUAUUAAAAUGCUUUUUUUUUUUAAGGAAAUUUUUUUCACCUUUGUAACAAUAAGAGUUGUGGGUAAUUUUUCCACAGCCACCUAUGUACAUACUAAUUACUUGUUAGAUACUUACCUGUUUGUGCUAAAAUACAGUUUUUGGGAAAAGAAUGAUUUUAAAUCAGAAGGUUAUAAAAUUUAAAAUUGUACAUGUGUAUAUAUGAGAGAAUGAUUUUCUACAAAUGCAAUUUUUUUCAACUGCAAUUCAUAAUUUUUUAUGUGUAAAAUAGUUCACUCGUAAAAUUAGAAUGAUUUCAUAGUAUAUACUGUCUUGCUAGAUACUUCUAAAGAACACAGUUUUAUAUAACUUUGAAACCAUGUAUGUUUAAAUUGGAAAGCCAAAAAUAAUCAUGAACAUUCUAAGGGGAAAUAAAUAUAUAGUU